CGAGCAGUGACGUGUGCACACAGGUUGCACAAGAGGCUUCUAGCUGCCCUCUACCAAACUGCGACAUUCGUCUAAAUUGUCAACAUGGCGGGUACCGUUGUUAAAACAUGUCUCAGUCCUCUGGCUCUUCUCACAAGGAGGCUCUCAGCUCCGGAGUUCAUCACCCAGUGCUGCUACCACAAGAAGGUGGUGGAUCAUUAUGAGAACCCAAGAAAUGUGGGCACUCUGGACAAAAACUCCAAGAAUGUAGGGACUGGUUUGGUUGGCGCUCCAGCCUGUGGAGAUGUUAUGAAGCUCCAGAUUGAGGUGGAUGACCAUGGGAAGAUUGUGGAUGCCAGGUUCAAAACGUUUGGCUGCGGCUCUGCUAUCGCCUCCAGCUCUUUGGCCACUGAGUGGGUGAAGGGGAAAUCUGUGGACGAAGCUUUGACAAUUAAGAACACUGACAUUGCCAAAGAGCUUUGUCUUCCACCAGUGAAACUUCACUGCUCCAUGCUUGCAGAGGAUGCCAUCAAGGCUGCCCUGGCUGACUAUCGCCGCAAACAACAGGACGACCAGCAGGAGGCAGUGAGGGCCAGCGUUUAAACGCAGCGCCUCACAGUGAGCUGGGUGACCACUGGUUGCUAUCUGCUGCCAAGAGGAGAAGUAGCAGUAGUCCAACAUCCUCAAUUCCCUGUAGUAUUGAUGAGGCACACCUAAUAUGUUGAUGCACACCAUCGUCAACCCUCGUAGCAGUAUAACAACAGGCUUCCGUGCUCCUCUAACCCUGCAUACUGUAUCGUAUAGCCUGUCACGUAAACGCACAAUGUAAACACUGUUUGGGCUGUUGAUACAAAAGUGAGCCUUAUUUUUGGGAUUGUGUUUGGGGUGUGAUGGAGAUAAUGAUGAAAGCUAAGAGCUGUAUCCUAUAUGCACCCUAAGCACUGACCUUUUGAUAUGCAAUAAAGUAAAGUGGCUUGAAACAAU